CUCUACUUGAUCGCGAGAUCUCUCAAUCGUCAUUAUUCAUCACUACGACUAAGGCAAGUGUUUCUWGGCCAUCGAAUCGAAAAACCUCACAGCUGUACCAGCAUUAGAAUAGAUCGCAGCCAUAGAUAUUCAAAAUGGCGGACCAGUCGCAAAUUCAACAGCUCGCGCAGCUUUUGCUGGCCGCACAACAGAGCAGUAAGUUCCUUACGAAAGAGACGACAGCCUUGGAGUCGAGUUURCUUCGAUUUGACGCGUUGAGUUGAAUGAAAAGAAUCAUGUCGAUGAUUCCAUGACUAUCUGCCCAUACUUGCUCUCUGAYAAACCGAACACURAUUUAAUCUCACGUUUGCUUGCYAUAUUUUCUUUUAUUUCAGAUCCGGAUGCCGAACGACAACUGAAUGAAUUCAAGAACUCGAACCUCGGAAACUACUUCCAGGGUCUCGUCAGCGUCUUGGCGACCGAUGGAAUCAAUACGGACCCCCUCGCCCGACAGCUAGCUGGUUUGUUGGUAAAAAAUGCCCUCAAACCUCUCCACAGCACAGAGCACGCUUUGCAAGCGCAGUACCACAACGCAUGGAAGGCCCUGGAUCCUGCCGUUCGGGACAGCAUCAAGGGACCGUUGCUGCAAGCCAUGCGUAAUCCCGAAACGGGGGUCAGCCAUCCCGCUGCACAAGCUGCUGCGGAAGUUGCUGCCGUGGAGCUACCGUACGAGGAAUGGCCGGCCUUUUUGCCGUCCUUGCUGGAGAAUAUCCGCGUUGCCGAAUACACCGAAAACGUUAAGGUUGCAACCUUGGAGUGUCUGGGAUACUGCUGCGAACGYAUUAGUUUUCUUGGAGGCGAAGUCAACCAGACCUCUACUGAUUCCAUGUUGAGUGCUAUUGUCGAYGGAAUUGGUGCGUCUCGCUCAAACAGAAUGAGACAUGCCGCAGCUGGAGCUUUGAAAAAUUCCCUCAUGUUUGCAGAAUCCAACAUGGAAAARCAGGAGGAACGCGGGGCCAUUAUGAAUGCCUUGAUGGAAGCAACUCGUAGCGAGGACGCACAGGUUAGAAUCGCAGCAUACGAAGGUAUCGUUCAGGUUGCUUGUCUCUAUUACGCAAAGCUUAGUGAAUACAUGACAAAUCUGUAUCAGCUGACAACAUCUACUAUCCAGCAGGACAACGAGGAAGUUGCCAAGAUGGCGAUUGAGUUCUGGACUUCGCUUUGUGAAGUAGAACAAGACCUUAUCGACGAGGAACUUGAGAUGAGACAGCGUGGACUACCAGUUGAACGUCCAUGCAUGCGCUACGUUGAUGCCGCCAUGACACAUUUGGUACCGAUUCUUUUCGAAACGCUCAUGAAGCAAUCCGAAGACCCAGACAACGACGAUUUUAUUUUGCAAAUGGCGGGGCAGCUUUGUCUAACAAGUAUCAGCCAAACUGUGGAAGACAAGAUCGUUGGAGCCGUGAUGCCAUUUGUUACACCCAACAUCCAAGACUCAAACUGGCGCAAGCGUGAUGCCGCCGUCAUGGCCUUCAUCAGUAUUCUAGAUGGUCCAUCGUCCGACGCUAUCGGACGAUAUGUAACGGAAUCGGUUCCAUUGCUCCUUAAUAUGCUUAAYGACGAGAACAUAAUUGUUCGGGACUCCACAGCCCAUUGCAUUUCCCGAAUUUGCUUCUUGCACGUUGAUUUCAUCCCGAACAAUCAAUUUAAACCACUUUUGGAAGCGCUCACGACGAAGUGCAGUGACGGAUCACCAAAGGUUGCAACUCAAGCUGCAACUGCAAUCUUUAACUUGGCAAGUGCUGUUUCGGAUCGACAAGAGGAAGAUGCUCCAACRAACGCUCUCUCUCCAUACAUGCAGGAAAUUCUACAGCAGUUGCUAAAAAUGGUAGACCGCCCGGAUUCAGACGACGAAUGCAAUCUCCGACUUGCCGGUAUGGAAGCGAUCUCCGAACUUAUCUCAGUCUCUGCACAAGAUAAUUUUGGCCUUCUUAGUCAGCUUCUCCCAGCGUUUGUCGAACGCUUCAAACAAGCUUCGGCAGUGGCCGUCCUGAACGAGGAAGACAAGAACAACAAAGAACAGAUCCAAGGUUUGUUGUGUGGGGUCAUCCAAAAUCUUUACCGCAAACUUGACAAAGCGACUCUUUUGCCUAUGACGGACGACGUCAUGCUCUUGCUGUUGGAUGCGUUAUCUGUUAAGAAUUCAAGUUGUCACGAGGAAUGCUUCACUGCUGUUUCUGCCAUCUCUGAUGCGAUCGAAGAUGAUUUCGUGAAGUACAUGGAUGCAUUUGCACCUCACUUAGUGAACGGCCUCAGRAAUUUCCAGGCCUAUCAAGUCUGUAUUGUCGCAGUUGGAACAGUUGGCGACAUUAGCCGAAACAUCGAAGGAAAGAUUCAACCCUAUUGUGAUACUAUCAUGAACGCAUUGGUUGAUGACUUGAAAGAUAGCUCAAUUCAUCGAUCCGUGAAGCCACCGGUGCUCUCUUGCUUUGGUGACAUCGCCAUGGCGAUCGGCGCUGCUUACCAACCAUAUCUUGAAUUUUCGGUUCUUAUGUUGAUGCAAGCCUCACAGACACAGGUUCCCGAUGACGACGAUGACCUCAUCGACUACCUUAAUUUGUUGAGAGAAUCCAUUUUGGAAGCCUUUGUCGGAAUUAUUCAAGGUCUCAAGGAUGGAAACAUGCUUGGAAGCUUUGCCAGCUACGUCUCACCCAUCUUGGAAUUCUUGAAGGUUAUUGCCGAAGACAAGAACCGCGAUUCAUAUGUUCUCAACAAAGCCGUUGGAUUGCUUGGAGAUUUGGCGCAAACUAUGGGGCCACCUAUUAAGAACGAAAUCAACAAACAAUUCGCAAUGAAGCUAAUUCAGGAUGCGAUGGCCAGCGGUGAUUCAUCUUUGCAAGAAGUUGCAACCUGGGCCAGUCAGGCAGUAACAACCGUCGUUCAAUCGUAAGAACAAACAUGAAUCAAAUAAAACGCCAGCU